GUGAAUUGAACAGUAGCAUCCACUUAGAUGCAUGUAAACACCCUAUUGGAAUAGAUUCCCACAUAAACUAUAUGUUACCUUUAUUAAAUAGUGAUUCCAAUGAUGUUCAGUUCGUCGGAAUUUGUGGUUUCGGUGGUAUUGGAAAGACAAUUAUUGCCAAGGUUGUAUACAAUCACAUCCUUUUGAACUUCAAGGGGCGUAGUUUUAUUUCAGAUGUUAGAGAACAAGCAAUACAAUGCAAUGGUCUAGUGUCUUUGCAAAAGCGACUUCUUAAAGAUAUUACCAAAAGAGACACUGACAUAGGUGAUUAUCAUAGAGGAAAAUUUUUGAUGAAAGAAAAACUUUGUAAAGAAAAAGUUCUUCUUGUUCUUGACGAUGUGGACACUAAAGGACAGAUAGAUGCUUUGGCUGGUGGACUCAAUUGGUUUGGUAAAGGAAGUAGGGUCAUAAUAACAACCAGAGAUACACAGAUUUUGGAUGUGGCUAAGGUUGAUAAAGAUAAAAUCUACUAUCCUAAAGAGCUGAACUCUAAGGAAUCUCUUCAACUAUUUAGUUUGUAUACAUUUUCAAUGAACCAACCUCCUGAUGAUUAUAGGAAACUUUCAAAACGUGCGGUAUCCUAUUCAGGAGGAUUGCCUUUAGCUAUAGAGGUGUUGGGUUCUUACCUAUCGAGCAUAAGCAGUAAAGAAGUAUGGAGAAGUACAUUAUAAAAAUUAAAAGAAAUUCCUCAUGCAGAAGUCCAAAGAAGGUUGAAGAUAAGUUAUGAUAAUCUAGAAGACGAUUAUUAGAAAUCUAUAUUUCUUGAUUCUGCUUGCUUUUUCAUUGGAUGGAAGGAAAAAACUGUAAUUUCCAUAUGGGAAGCUUGUGGCUAUUAUCCUAAAUCGGCCAUACACAUACUAAUUAAGAGAUCCCUUCUAAAAUUUGAACAUGGUUAUUUGAGGAUGCAUGAUCAGAUUCGAGACAUGGGAAGGAAUAUUGUCUUAGAAGAGAAUCUUAUGGAACCAAGUAAGCACAGUAAGUUAUGGUCUCAUGGAGAAAUCUUGCAAUUAUUAGAAGGGCCCAAGGGAACUGAUAAGAUUAAAGGAAUGAUCCUUCCUAAUGGCUUACAAAGUGUUUAUUUAACUAGCGAGCACUUUGAGAUGAUGUCCAAUCUAAGAAUUCUCGACAUCAAUUCAGUAAACUUCGGGGGAGACUUUUCACUCCUUUCUUCUACGUUAAGCUGGUUCAGGUGGAAGAAUUGUCCUUUGGAUAUUCUACCAGCCAAUUUUUAUCAUAAGAGACUGGUUCAUCUCGACCUAUCAUGUAGCAUGAUUGAUGAAGCAUGGAAUAUCAGGCCUCAAGAUGAAAGUAAGCUGUUCCAAAAUUUGAGAGUUCUCGUUCUUAGUGACUGUAUAUUUCUAACUAAGUCCCCAGACUUUUCAUGGUUUCCUCACUUGGAGCAAUUAGAUCUUGGAGAAUGCAAAUCCUUGGAUAAAUUAGAUGAGUCCAUUGGGCAGUUGAGUCAACUGAAAAUUCUUAUUCUUAAACAAUGCAACUCACUCAAGAAGCUGCCUCAUUCCAUUGGUGAUCUAAAAUCUUUAGUUGAACUUCAUUGUGAAGAUUGCUUUUCAUUGGUACGAGUACCGGAUUUGUCAAGGCUGAAAAAUUUGGUAGAAUUCAAUGCGCGAGGAUGCCAUAACUUGACCGUACCUCCAAGGAAAAUACUUGGCCAGGGAAGACUAAUACAUUACAGGCCACAAUUGGGAAGGUUUUCCUUGACUGCUAGUGAUGGGAUCUAUAAAAAGAGGUUAAUUCUGUGUCUGGUUUUGGAAUUACCCUCUGACUUCAGGUCACAAACCAUUUAUUGUGAUAUUUCAGCUUCUAUCCAUCAGAAAGAUAAAACAACCAGGUGUGUUCAUACACUGAGAAUUGAGGAUAUUGAGUUCACUCCUAAUGGAGAUAUAAUCUACCUUCACUAUUUCAAAGGAUUUGACUGGUUUGGGAUUCGGUUGCGUGAAAGAGAUGCUGUGAAGAAUUUAAAUAUCCAUCAAUCCAAGUUUUCUUGCCAGCUUUAUCAGGAUAGCUAUGUGUUUACACCAUAUUGUACAGUAAAACACUGGAACCUUCUGGUCGAGAGCUGGGAACCUUACCAGAAAGAGCCCAAUCAACUUUCAAAUGCCAUGAUGGUAGCAAAAUUCUUCAUUUGGUCCUCCAACAAUACAGAACCUGACCAGCAAAAUCUUAACCGACAUUGGAGUGUCAUGAGGGGAGCGGAUCUCUCCAAUCGGUCAUCUGAGAACAGGGAAUAUGAACAGAAACUGCUUAAUCAACAAUCAAGUGCCAUGAUGGUGGCAGAUUUCUUCAAUUGCUCAUAUGUCGAUGUUAAUGAUGGAGAAUUUUCACCUAGGCUAUGUUUGGAAGUCAAGAAAAGAAAAGGAAAGAAAAUAUUUAAAUUUGAAGAGAGAGAUAGACACAAAAAGUCAUUAUGUAAUUAUGAUAUUUUCUCAUAUCUUUUUUUGUACUAUUUUCUUUUCUUUCUUCUCAUAUUUUCUUUGCUUCCAAACAUAACCUUUUAAGUGAACAAUGUUGGGGUUAGAGCAUCCAGCAAUGUUCCUGAUGAGGCAGAGUUGAUGGCUAUUGAAAGACUUGUUGAUAAAGGAUGAGGCUGGUCUUUCUCGAGUUGAAGAGGCAUUGUUGAGGGCUACUGCAAGAACACAUCAUGACGAGGAUGAUGAGACACCUUGUCAAUUUCCCAUUGAAGAGACAGAGACAUUCUCGACGAGGAUGAUGAGACAGCUUGUCCAUCUCCAGUUGAAGAGACAGAGACAGAAAGAGAUGGGGGUUGAGGUUUAAUGGGAGUCAUAUCUUUGACAAUUGGAUGAGGCACUUCGAGGGCUAUUGGGAGAAUUGUUCUCAAUAACAAUGAGGAAGAGGAAGUCUGGAUGGCUAUGGAGAGACUUCUUCUUGACAAGGAUGAUGAGCCAACUGUUGAUUCCAGAGCCAACACACCAAUUCAAGCAGUUGAAGGUUCACACCAAUUCAAGCAGUUUAAGUAGUAUUAAUUUUUAUUUUCCACCUACAUUCUAAUCUAUAAUUAGUUUGUCUCAUUGUAAAGGACAUGAAAGGGGCGCUCUUGGUCCAAUGGUA